AUGUCUGACAUAGAAAAGAAGAAAGGUGAUGUGGUGAUUUCGCCACAAAUAAGUCGGUUCAGUGAGUUUGAUACUGGCGAACAUAACGUGUUUGUGGUUCAGGAAGAGGGCCCGGACUUUCGUGGUGUCACUUGUUUCGGUGCUGCCGUGUUGAUUGCAAAGGCCCAGUUUGGUCUUGGUGUGCUUGGAAUCCCACAAACGUUUGUCGCUUUGGGCAUUGUUCCUGGGCUUAUAUGUCUUUUGGCGCUUUGUGCUUUGAGUACUUGGACUGGGUACAUUGUGGGCCAGUUUCGUCUUAAUCACCCUCAGGUGUAUAGUAUUGGAGAUGCGGCUGAGAUCAUGUUUGGCAAGGUUGGAAGAGAAGUCAUGGGUGGAGCUUUCUGGCUUUACUAUGCGCUUGUGUAUGGCGCUUCUCUUCUUACUUUGUCUAUUGCUUUUAACACUUUGAGUGAACAUGCUGUUUGUACGACUGUGUGGGUCGCUAUAGGUGCCGUGGUGACGUUUGUCCUCGGUACGUUGAUCAGAACCAUGAAGGUCAUGUCUUGGUGUGGCUAUAUCGCUCUUGCCUCGGUUUUCAUCAGUUCCUGGAUUGUCGCUAUCGCUUGUCUUACUCAGGACACUCCAGAUGCUGCUCCAAAGACUGGUCCUAUCGAUAAGGCUAUUGCAGCAGUUGCCACAGGCCAGCCAUUUUCGGUCAUUGCCAGUGCCAUUGGUGUUCAGCUUUUGAGUCUUUGUGGAACUGCUGCUUACUUUAAUAUUCACUCAGAAAUGAGAGACCAGAAACAAUACAACAAGUCGUUGUUCAUGGGCCAGGGUUUUGUCAUUGUCAACUAUAUCAUUCUCGCCUGUAUGAUUUAUGGAAAAGUCGGAGUCUACGUUACUUCUCCGGCAUUAGGGUCGGCCGGUCCACUCUUCCAGAAAAUCGGCUACGGCGUGGCUCUUCCAGGUUUGCUUUUCUCCUGUUUCUUCCAUGCCCAUUUGGCUGGUAAGUACGGUUUGGUUCGUAUCCUCCGAGGAACACAGCACCUUCAAAAGAACACUUUCACUCACUGGUUUACUUGGCUUUCCAUGAUGACUAUCGUCAUUUUGUUUGGAUUUGUUAUUGCCAGUGCCAUUCCAUUUUUCAAUGAGUUGUUGGCGCUCAUGGCCUCGUUGAUCGGGUCAAGCUUUACGCUUAUUCUUCCUGGCUUUUUAGCUUCUUACCAAAUGAGCAAGUACUUCAGGGUCGAAGGUGACAGUACUUUGGCUUGGAUGAGCAACUUGAAGCAGAGAUGGAAUAAGACAUUAUCAAACAAAAUCACUUCUGCUGUCGCUGUGUUGGCGAUUGUUCUUGGUAUCUUUAUCUUGGGAGCUGGUACGUAUGGAGCUGUCCAGUCCAUUAUUGAUAACUACAACAAUGGCGUUGUCUCUGGCGCCUUCUCUUGUGACGACAAUAGUUAG